AUGUCAAUACCUCGAUUAGAAUUACUGGCAAUACUCAUCGGAGUGAGAAUGGUACAAUUCGUAUUAAAACAAAAAGAGCUUGAGGACGUGAUAACAAUUUUAUGGUCCGAUUCUCAAUGUGCGCUUCAUUGGGUUCACAAUAGUUCCCGUUUACUACCAACGUUCAUACAAAAUAGGGUAGAAGAAAUACGAAAGGCGAAAAUCCAUUUUAGAUAUAUCCCAAGUGAACAAAACCCAGCUGAUAUAGCUACAAAAGGAAUCUCUCCGAAUAAACUAAAAGGAUAUGAUCUUUGGUGGAAAGGACCAAAGUGGUUAACAGAAAACGAAUCAAAAUGGCCACAGUGGAAAUACAAUUACAAUGAGGAUUACCAGGAUGAAGAAAUUGUGGCCCACAUCACAGAACCAAUUAUCAUAAACAAACAUUUCGGAAUCUUAGAUGCUAGUCGUUUUAGCAAAUGGUCAAGAUUAAUAAGAACAACUGGUUGGGUUCUGAAAUUCAUAAGAUUAACAAUGAAAAGGGAAAUUCCUUGGCUAAAGAUGGCAACGAAAGAAAAGAAUAUAUUGACAACACAGGAUUACGAGUUGUCAGAAAUUGUGCUAUUCAAACAAGCACAGUCAGAAGGAGUUACCAAAGAUGAAAUAAUCAAAUGGAAUUUGUUCUAUGAUAACGAACUAUGGAGAUACAAAAGCCGCGUAGUUAACUCUGAAAUGAAAGAGAGUAACUUACACCCAAUAUAUCUCCCGAGACACAACACCAUAACUGAACUCUUUAUUCAGCAACGACAUGAACAACUGUAUCAUGCUGGAAUUGCUCAUACACUCUCAAAUCUGAGAUCGACGAUAUGGAUCCCAAAAGGUAGAACGGAAGUCAAACGAAUCUUGAAUAAGUGCAUGAAGUGCAGACGCUGGACAACUAAACCAUUCAAAUUACCAACUAUGGCUGAUCUUCCAGCAUCUCGGACCACAAGAUCAAGACCCUUUGCGCGAGUAGGACUAGACUAUUUAGGUCCUGUGAAUAUCAGGAGUGAUAAUGGGCUAACAAAAAGAUGGGUAGCACUAUUCACAUGUUUCACAACAAGAGCUGUACAUCUAGAAGUAGUAGAAACUCUUUCAGCCGAAAGCUUUUUACAUGUUUUCAGAAGAUUUACAGCAAGACGAGGCUUUCCAGAAUUAAUCUUAAGCGACAACGCUGGUCAAUUCCAGUUAAUUUUUAAAAUCAUUGUGAAACAACAAUUAAAUGAAUUCCUAGCGGAAAGGAAAAUGAUCUGGAAAAAUAUAAUACCAAAGGCGCCUUGGAACGGAGGAGUAUAUGAGCGACUUAUUGGGUUAACAAAAAGGGCAAUGAAAAGAGCCAUCGGCAGAAAGUUAUUAUGGGAACGGGAAUUGAUUACGCUAGUAGCGGAAGUGGAAAGUAUUUUGAAUACUCGACCACUAACUUACGUAAAUUUUGAUGAUUGUAUCAUAUUGCGUCCAAUUGACUUUAUACUACCGAAUGCGCAUCUAAUCAUGCCUGCUAAAAACAAGAAUGAAAUGGAUGAUUUUAUCCCUCAUAAAUUGGAUUCGAGAGAAAAACUCAUUCAAUACUGGUCAAAUACACUAAAGGCCCUCGAUGCCUUCUGGGAAAUAUGGAAAGAGGAAUAUUUAAAUACUCUUAAAGAAAGAGCACAAAGGGAACACUCUUCUCCGAGAGAUGUAGUAAAAGAACUCCCCACGAGGGAGAGAUUGUGUUACUAA